UACAUAAAGACCAAGAAGAUCAGCCCUGACUCAAUCAUGCAAUUGGCAUUCCAGAUGGGAUAUUACAGGGAGUUUAAUGGUACAGUUGGGACAUAUGAAUCCUGUAGUACAGCUGCAUUUAAACAUGGACGCACAGAAACCAUGCGACCUUGCACUGUUGAAACCUUAAAAGCAUCUAAGGCAUUCAACAAUAAAGGUGAACAUAGUCCCAAAGAACUGUUUGAAAUACUGAAGGCUUGCUCAGACAGACACAAUCAAUUGACCAAAGAAGCAGCCAUGGGGCAGGGAUUUGAUCGCCAUCUAUUUGGUUUAAGAACACUAGCAGCUGAAUCUGGCAAGUCGCCAGAAAUGUUCGAGGAUCCAGCAUAUGCUCGUAUAAAUCAUCACAUCCUAUCCACCUCCACUCUCAGUAGUCCCGCUGUACUCAUUGGGGGUUUUGCACCUGUCGUGUCUGAUGGCUUUGGUUUAGGCUAUGGUGUGAAUGAUGCUAGGCUAGGCUGUAAUGUAGCAUGUUACCCAGAACGACCAGUGACAGGGUUCUUGAAGGCAGUGGAGCAGAGCCUAGAUGACAUUUAUGAUGUUUUAGAAGCUGUGAAAGAAUAACACUAUCAUAAUCGGAGGGAAGUUAUACUUGAAAACUUUAAAAAUAGAUGAACAUUUUAUAUUAUCAAAUCAAAACUUGAUUACAGCAGUCUAAAAUGCACAAUCAGUUUCCAUUUCCACAAAUGUUUUAAUAAGGCCUCCGUCACCAAUUCGCUUAUUGUGUAUACUUCAUUAUCUGCAUACAACCCAUACAGAGACUUCACAUCUUGGGCAAUCUAUCUAGCAAUAACAGUAGAUGUAUCUAAAGUAGGGUUCCUCUUGCCAAUAGAAAAUACUUUGAAAAUACUGAUAUAAGAAUAACCAGGAAUUUUUGUGUGUAUGAAGGUUCGAUCCCCACUGGGGUGGACUGACUUUUUUUCACACCAGCCCUUAGCACAGGAUUUCAUUCUGUGUUUUUAUUAACUUAUACAUAAGCUGUUUAGGAAUUAGGAACCAUAUCAUUAGCCCAUCACUUGUAGUGCUAGGCGUGCUAGCCUAAAGUGUGCAUUAUCACAGAAAAAAGAAUUUGCUUUCUUGAUCAAAGAAUUCCCAAGGACUUCCCAAUCUUGUUUUUUUUUACUUUUUUGAAAUUCCUGUAUUCUUAUCUUAUGUAUAAAGAUGCAUUCUCUCUCUAAAAUAGCAAAAACUGUUCAAUAC